AAAUGACAUUGUAGUCAUACAAAGCUCCCGUUGACUCUUUCACAAAGGAUUACAGCAGCAGUCUUUCUAUUCUGAGAAAACAGAAUGAACUCCAACACAACUUUGACUGAAGACAUUGUGCAUAAGGUCAACAUUGUCUCGCUCUCCUUCAUUGUUUUCUUUGGGACCAUUGGGAACUCUUUGGUCAUCUGGGUGGCCGGCUUCCGCAUGAAACCCACCGUCACAAAUGUUUGGCUGGUCAAUCUCGCUGUAGCAGACCUGAUCUUCUGCCUGACACGAGUCAUUUCUCUCAUCAAAAACAUUUUCUAUAACUACUGGACAUUUGGAGUCUUUCUGUGCAAGUUCAAUGGUUUCUUCAAGUAUGCCAACAUGUUCUGCAGUGUUUUUCUUCUGGCUGUCAUCAGUAUGGAUCGAGCGCUCUGCGUUUGCCGGCCAGUGUUGACCAGAAAACGACGAACGUUAUGUGCUGCUCGUGUGGUCAGUGUGGGAGUUUGGAUUGUGGCGGUGAUGUUCAGCUCACCGUACUUUGCGUACCGACAAGUUUUUCCUGACAAGCACAACUUGAGCCAAUGCUCACUAAAGGAGGAUGAAGCAGCACAAGCAGGUGACAUUUCAUCAAAGUACGUCUACUACUGCAUUCGUUUCAUCUGUGGAUUUUUGCUGCCCUUCUUGGUCAUCCUUAUCUGUUACAUACUAGCUGCUGUUGGGAUACGCAGAACGCGGCUCUCUGGAAAAUCAAGGCCUCUUCGGGUUCUUGCUGUAUUGGUCUGUGCUUUUUUCUUAUGUUGGGCCCCGUACCAUUUUCUAGGGCUGGUCAAGUUGGUGAAUGAAGACAACAAAGCUGUAAAAGAAGGAUGGGCUAUGGCUUCAAACUUGGCCUAUUUCAACAGCUGCGUGAACCCCGUGCUGUAUUUCUGCAUGGGACUGGAUGUUAACCGACGCUGCGACCAAAGUUUGUCUGUGAUUUUUCGCAGGGCGCUAACGGAGGAAGGCCAAAGUCUCUCACGGCAAGUCAGUAGAGAAGAAAGCUGUAAUUCUAUUCCAAAGACUGAAGUGUGAUACUAAUAUUUAAGAUAACUUUUCAUAAGCAAGUUUUAAAUGAAAUUGAUAGCAUGAAAAUGUUUCUUUCCUGUGUGCAUUGUAUCCUCUGCAGUUUCAAUUAAAAAGACAUCACAUCUGGAAGAUGAAGCCAGAGCCACAUAAACAUAUUUAAUGUACUUAACCAUUAUUGUUAUUUGUCAAACAACU